AUGGCAUCAGAGCCCCCCGCCCGGCAGGAACUCCGUAGCUCGGACAGUGCACACCGGGGACCCCGCACAGGACGGCGGGGCGAGCUGCCCCCUGAUGACUGCUUCCACGAGGACGUGGAGCGGGGCGCCAAGUUCUCCCUGGACUACCAGGUCAUCACCGGAGGUCACUAUGACGUGGACUGCUACGUGAAGGACCCCCUGGGAGAGACCAUCUACAGGGAAACCAAGAAGCAGUACGACAGCUUCACGCACCGGGCCGAGGUCAAGGGCGUGUAUCAGUUUUGCUUCAGCAAUGAGUUCUCCACCUUCUCCCACAAGACCGUCUACUUUGACUUCCAAGUGGGCGACGAGCCCCCCAUCCUCCCAGACAUGGGGAACAGGGUCACGGCCCUCACCCAGAUGGAGUCCGCCUGUGUGACCAUCCACGAGGCCCUGAAGACGGUGAUUGACUCCCAGACGCACUACCGGCUCCGCGAGGCGCAGGACCGGGCGCGGGCAGAGGGGCUCAGCAGCCGCGUCUUGUACUGGUCCGUCGGCGAGACGGUCGCCCUGUUCGUGGUCAGUGUCAGCCAGGUGCUGCUGCUGAAGAGCUUCUUCACCGAGAGGCGGCCCGUCACCCGGGGGGCACACUCCUAGUCCCCGCGCCCGCACCGGGCCGCCGUCCUGGGUCACGGGCUCCUGCUGGGUGGAGGCAGGGGCACCAUGCACCCAGGGGCGCCUGCCUGGUCCCUGGCGGCCGGUGCCCAGAGUCUGGUGACAGGGACGCGUCUGACUGCGCUGCAUGGGUGACACUGAGGACAGCGUGUGGGUGUGCAGGGAUGGACCCCGUCCGGCGGAGGAGGAAGCCCGAGUGCCCGGCCUCCCGGGGGCAGCUCUGGGGGCCGGCAUCAUCCGGCCUGUGAGUCCUGGCCUCCAUGCGGAGGACGGGGGCCCUCGGUCCACUUGCCUCGCGAGGAGCCCUGUGCCUGGUGGGGACGGGCCCUGGAGCGGCCUUGCAGACACUCCGUGCCCCGGGACAGCAGGGGCACCCGCUGCGGGACCUGGGGGAAACUGGGAGCCGGGUGCCCUUGGUCGGCUGUUGUCCCCCGGAGGCAGCACAUGGUUCAAUAAAAGCAAAGCCUGAGCACCGUG